AUGUUGUCAAUUUUACGAAAAGCGCGAUUGAAGGACAAGGAGAUGCGCAUUCUGAUGUUGGGCCUGGACAAUGCAGGCAAGACGACCAUUGUGAAGAAGAUCAUGAACGAGGAUGUGAACAGCGUCAGCCCGACGUUGGGCUUCAUCAUCAAGACGAUAGAGUACGAUGGAUACAAACUGAACAUAUGGGAUGUCGGCGGUCAGAAGACGCUACGCACAUACUGGAAGAACUAUUUCGAGAAGACAGACACGCUCAUAUGGGUAGUUGAUGCCACGGACCGUGAUCGCAUAGGCGACUGUCGGCAGGAACUGGCCGGGCUGCUGCUCGAGGAGCGGCUAUCCGGAGCGAGUCUGCUCGUGUUCAAGAACAAGAGCGACGUCCCCGGCGCCAUGAGCGAGGACGAGGUUCGCGAGGGACUCGGGCUCGACGCCAUCAGGACACACCAGUGGACGAUUAUGAGCUGCAGCGCCAUGACGGGGCUGAACCUGCAGGAGGGGCUUCAGUGGGUGGUACAGGAUGCAAAAGCGAGACUGUUCCUGUACUAG